CCCAUUCGUCUCCCUCAUCCCAUUCGUGCAGCUCGUCAUUAUCGCCGAUGAGCACACUCGCAUUGACGCCGUCUCGCCCGUCGAUUUGGCUCCUCUCUACCGUGGGACCACAUCGCCUGAGUCCCUUUUCAUGAAAGUGGUCCAGGGCAUAGAUGGACAGGUACUGCGGCGGAGGCGUCUGGAUCGGCCACUCGCAGUCGUCUUUGCCGCUCCAUCCUCGACAAGUGGUGAAUGUUGUUACAGGCCACGGGCAGACGGCAAAGCUCCUCCAGCAGUAGCACAUGCCUGACAUUGCAUGGCUUGCAUGCUCACCGAAGCCACGAUAGCAGCCCUUGUCUGUGCAAAGAGAAGGCGGGGAAGGUGGGCGGCGACGACAAAGAGGAUCAGACACGCUCAUUGGGGGCAUGCGGGUGUCACACUCACCCAUCUCAAUGGUCCGCUUCCCGAUACGGUUCCAGGUUGCCACCUGGCGGCCAUGCCCGACUCUGGGCCUCUCGUCGCAGCGAUAUGUAUACGUUCCGUCCUGCGACGACCGAAAUCGUGCCAGCCAAGCGGUCCUGGGUCGUGCGUGCCCAAGUCCCAAGUGCAGACCUGAUGUUUCGCCACUGCAUUCUGGAGGGACAGGAGCAGCAUCAACGCGAAUACACCUGGAAGGAGCGGCGAGACGAAACGCAUCGUGAUCGUAGUAGGCAUGGAGUAGUGGCAAGCUUGGAAAGAUUGCAGUCUGCAGAAGGCAGCGGCAGCGCGAAGAGUAGUAUGAAGCCGGAGCUGGAUAAGGAGCUAUCUGAUGAGUUUGUCAAGCAAGCAGCAACGAGCAAUUUCGCCGCGCUUCCUCGGCCUUUUCUACUGCUCGGAGGGCAAGUGAUUCGUUCUGGCAAAACAAGUGGGCUCGGGGGAACACCGGUGAGAGUGUCAUCUACGGCCGUGCUCUGAUAGCCUCUCUCAUCUCGGCGAGCUGGUGGCAGCCAUUUUCGGAUCAUGGUCAAAUAGCAUGGGAGCAAGGCAAUUGCGGUGCAUCAUCUUGCAAAGUACAGUGG